GCGGCUCCGUAAAAAAGUAAAUAAUUGGAACAAUUUUCGAUUUUUAAAUUCUAAUAAGAAUAUAGCUAUGGCACCGGUGUUAUUAAAAGGAUGGAAAUACGCUGCCUUUAUUGGGUCAAUCGUAGGUUUUAUUGGUCUUGCAAUCUAUCCAAUAAUCAUUGAACCAAUGAGAAAUCCUCAAAAGUAUAAAGAAAUUCAAAAAAGGAAUCGACAGGGAAUUAAUCAGGAAGAAGUUCAGCCGGGGAACAUGAGAGUAUGGAGUGAUCCAUUUAAACCACUGAAAGGAAAAGAGUAGUAAAAAUACUUCGACUGUUGUAUAUGUUGUAAACAAAUAGCAAUUUAAUAAACUUUUUUCUUCUUAGAAACGUAAGAUAA